GGCCAAAUUGAAAUUUUUUGCUUCUAAAUUCGCUCGUCCGAUUCAUGGGCGAAUAAUGGAAGGGCAAUCGAUGGCGGCGGCGGAGGCCGAGAAGGCUACUUCGGACAUGGAAGAGGUCCUCAAGCCCUUCUUCCAAAGGGCUUCUGAAGCUGAGGAUCGAUUAGCAAAGUUGGAGACCUUGCUUGCCAAGAAAGGCGAGACGGAUGGUGGAUGCGCAAACACGGAAAUAUCAUCCAUCAUCAUUAACGAUUUCCAGUCGAAGCUAGAAGCUGCACAGGCUGAAUUAGCAAGUGAAAGAGACAAGGCCGCGAAGGAAAUACAAAAACUUACAGCAGAAAACCGGAAACUUCAAUAUCGGAUCACUCAUCUAAUUAGUGCAGUGAAGGAUGCUGAUGCCAAAUUGACAACUUAAGUGGUGGUUUUCAACAUAAUCUCUUACCUUUUCUCUAUAGAUUAUAGAUUUAUGAGUUAGAAUUUAUGUACCUUUUAAGCUUGUGUUACAGAAUAUCCAUUUGGUUUUUGGUUUGUGAUAACUUUUAUUUUGACUUUGGAAACAUUUUUCUCUUCUUUUGACAAAAAAAAAUCUUCAUAUAAUUGCAGUCUAUUUAUUAUGGUUGUCUCGA